GAUCGUGCGUGGCUUUUUGGGCAAAAGGGAGAAAACAAACGAAAAACCGGUUACGCACGAGGGAGGAAUCGGUAUGCGCCGACCUGGCGCGUCAGUGCUCAGCACCGAGACGGGGCCAGCGGGUGCUGCGUCGCGCACAUCUGUGCAGUGGGUAUAACAGUCGCCGUCUCUAUCGGGUCCGCAUCCCCGGCAGCCGUCUCGCUUGCGCGUUUACACGCGCGAGCGGAGAAAGACCAGCAGCAAUGGCGAGUUACAUUGGAAGCAGGGACUCGACUCGGCAGUCCGACGAAACCAUGGACGAUGAGAACGACGAGAAAGACGACACGAAGAGGAAAUCACGGAAUCUCAGCGAAAAGAAACGAAGAGAUCAAUUCAACAUGCUGGUUAACGAGCUCGGUAACAUGGUGAGCACCAACACCAGAAAAAUGGACAAAUCGACGGUGUUGAAAUCAACGAUACUGUUUUUAAAAAAUCACAAUGAGUUGGCGGUAAAAUCGAGGGUUCACGAGAUACAAGAAGACUGGAAGCCUUCCUUUUUAUCGAACGAGGAAUUUACGCAUUUAACUCUGGAGGCGCUCGACGGCUUCAUCAUGGUUUUUUCAUCCUCGGGGCGCAUUUAUUACGCUUCCGAGAGCAUAACUUCCCUUCUGGGCUACCUUCCCAGUGAGGUGGUCAACUCUACGGUUUACGAAAUAACCUUUCAAGACGACCAGUCGCACUUGUACAACAUUUUAGCGAGUGCCAGGGAUCAAAAUAGUAUUAAGAAAGAUCAGCAAAACGUAUCGUUCACGUGCCAUAUAAAGAGGGGAGGGCUGGAUUUUAGAGAAGAGCCCAUCUACGAGCUAGUUCAAUUCGUCGGAUACUUUCGAAUGGACAGUGACACGGACUACGACAGCAUGAGUGAUAAAUUCGGCAACAGCACGACGGGGGAAUCAAAUAGAAUCGUAUUCGUAUGCACUGGUCGGCUACAAGUGCCCCAACUCAUACGAGAGAUGUCCGUGGUCGACAUCACAAAAACCGAGUUCACGUCCAGGCACAGUUUGGAAUGGAAAUUUUUGUUUCUGGACCACAGAGCACCACCAAUUAUUGGCUACUUACCAUUCGAAGUCUUGGGAACAUCUGGAUACGAUUAUUACCACACGGACGAUCUCGACAAGGUCGUUACGUGUCACGAGUCUCUUAUGAAGAAGGGCGAGGGUACCUCCUGUCACUACAGGUUCUUGACAAAAGGCCAACAAUGGAUAUGGCUGCAAACUCGAUUUUACAUAACGUACAAUCAAUGGAACUCCAAGCCAGAGUUCAUUGUCUGCACGCAUCACGUGGUCAGCUACGUCGACGUUGUCAAACAGAUGAGACGAGACUCGGACAAAUCUUUGAAUUUCAAGGCACAAAACGAAACCACGUCCACGACGAAACGAGUAAACAGCACACCAAGUCACAUUCGUGCCCCGUCGUGGUCGUCAAAGUCAUUGGAAACCACGCGGUCGGCGACGAUGCGUCCGCGUCUACGCCACGGCAAGGAGUCCGACACGUCGUCGUCGACCUGCUCCCUCAACACGAGAUCGAUCCGCUCGGCGCCGAAUUCGACUACGAGGUCCAAGACCAACAGCUUGACGAGAUCGAAAACGACGACGGCCCGCAGAGACGACAGGCCAAUUGUCAACCAGCAACUGCAGCAGCCGACUUAUCAGCAACAACAACCUCAGCAGCAACAGAUUUCGGCAAAAACGAAGGUCGAGCAGCAACAGCAGCACUGCGCCAAUUUUCUCGAAUCCACGCAGUACCAGGCUGCUCCAAUGGAAACGACUGUGGGUGGUGCUUACGCGGGACCUGCGGACACGUCGAUUAUCUCACCACUUCAGACAAACGAGAUGAUUCAACAGCAGGGGCUGGUGCUGGCACCGGUACAAAAUCAAAUUCAGGAUGAACUUCAACGCAAACACGAGGAGUUGCAGCAACUGAUUGUCCAUCAGCAGGAGGAACUGAAAAGGGUAUCGGAACAGCUGCUGAUAGCCAGAUAUGGAAUAUUUUCUCCGUUACUCAAUGUUGGCAUGGCGUACAAUGCAAAUCCGUGCCAACAGACGACCCGGUGUGCGUCGACGCCACUUCAAAAUGUGCCGGGCGUGAGUGUGUUCGAAGUGCCAAUCACAGUACCAGUCAAUAUCGUACCACCGGAAUUGUUUCCCCACUCGUUACCCGUAAAUACAGUCCUGGGUGCACCCAUGCCGCCCCAUGGCAGCGUUGUUCAGAUGAUGCCUCAACAACAACAAAUUCAGCAGCUCAACCAACCACAACAACAUGGAGAGCAGGCGAAUCAGGAUCUCAUGGACUUUCAGAUGUGCCAGCAAAACGAUCUGGUCUACGCCAACAUGGACGCGACGACGAAUCAGCAGCAGAGGCCGACACAUAAUUAGAUGAAAUAGUUGCAAGUGAACUCGUUUAUGGAACUGUGUGUUAAAAUAAUAGUACCUGUGUAGUAUGGUGUGAUAAUGAGCUUUUUCAAAGUUUCAUCGACCAAUUAGCCACUUAGUUAAUAUCACUUGUGUUGUUCGUGGAUGCCAAAAAUUUAGUUAAUUUGGGGGAAAGAAAAGCCUGAAAAACAAAGAUUAAAGAAUAUGCAAGUCUUGCAAGAAAAAAAAGUAAUUUUUCUUCACAAGUACCAGUGAAAUGAAAAAGAACGAAGGUGAGUUGCUUUAAAAUUGUAAAAGUGUCGUGUAAUAUUGUUUAAUAUUUCGAGCUUAACGAUUCCUCUGUUGGUGCUUCAGAUAAAAUUCAUAACAUAUGUAUUCCCCGAGGGAUGUCCUACUCUGUACUUACACUAUCGUGUCAAAAGCUACCUUUACCUGGUGGAAAAGUUUGUAAAGACAUAUCUAUAAUAUUUAAUAUUUAUUGCUUCAACAAUACGAGGAUUUUUAAAAUGUAUUAAAGUAUUUUUGGAAGCUUAUGUGUGUAAAAACGUAUGUAAGAAUAAUUAGACAUGUUUUAUAUUGAUAUAUAAAGAUUGGCUGAAUUAAUUGUGAUGAGAAUCAAAUGACAGUCAUGAUCGAGCAUUCCAAUAAAGUAUAACUUAUGCCAAAUUAGAAGAUAUGUUAGAAUAUGAUUAUUCUUGUAAGUCAAAUUUAUAUUAAGGAAAAAAGAGCUUAUUUAAAGUAUUCGAUACAUAUUUUCAUGACUAGAAUUCAAUUGGUACUAUUAAACAAUGAAAUUGUUAAGUAUGACUGAGUAUUGACGAAAUCCAUUUAGUAAAAUUUGUUUAUCUAAGCAUAAGUUGUAUGAUAGAAGUUUUGUCAAAAAUAUACUGUAGGGUAAACUGUAAGAAAUUACAUACAAAAAAAGUUUAUGUUUCCAUUAUAUGAAAAAACAACUAUACAUACUGUCUACAUUUAACGUAUCUGUUUCCAGCGAUAAGAUGAAACAUGCGUUAUUGCGGUAAAAUGUAAAAAUGGCUGAAACUAUGUGAGGCGCUAAGUAGCCGUUAGCUGUUUCGUUGUAGAAAUAGUUUCAGGCCAUUUUAAGCGAAAUAUGCAAGAGUUUUUUUUUUCGU